CAUGACUUGUUUUGUAAUGGUUCACCCCAGAGAAGCACUUAAAAGUCUCGAUUUGUCUGUACUUCCACACUGCUCUGCCCCUCUCUCCACUUCACACAGUGGUCAAGGGCGACAACCGUUUCUCCUCACAAGAUGAUGUAUCUGAGGAUUCUGCUGUUUUUCUUUACUGUAACAUGGAUGUUUUGUGAAACGGCAAGAAAUGAUAAAGUGGUGCUUAGAAACAGAGAGGAUCAUGAAGAAUUAGUCUUAGAGCAAAACACUUUUAUGGAGCAAAGGAAACCAAAGAAAAAGGUCAUUCCUACACCAGACUAUGCAAAUCUAGAUGAUACAACUGACCGGCCAAAAGCUGAAAAACCAGGAGCAGACAGUAAAGAUGAUAAAGAACUUCCUACCUGUUUGAUGUGUGUGUGUCUCACUGGAUCAGUAUACUGUGAGGAUGUUUCCCCAGACAUGACAACAGUUCCACCUCUGCCAAAGGAAACUGCUUACCUCUAUGCACGCUUCAACAAAAUCACUAAAAUAACCGGCAAAGACUUUGGUGAUAUUGUAACAUUGAAAAGAAUUGACCUAUCUGGCAAUCUGAUCUCAGAAAUAGAGGAUGGAGCCUUUUCGAAACUCACUCAACUGGAGGAACUUUCAUUAGCUGAGAACAAGCUGGUCAAACUGCCAAUGUUGCCGCCAAAACUUGUGUCUCUCAAUGUCAAUCAUAAUCUACUCAAAACCAAAGGAAUAAAAGCAAACAGUUUCAAGAAACUCAACAAGUUGGCUUAUCUUUACCUUGGAGAUAAUGCGCUGGAUUUCAUUCCACCCAUGCCUGAAAGCCUGCGUGUAGUUCAUCUACAGAACAACAAUAUAACAACACUUACCGAUGAGACUUUCUGCAGAGGAAACACCACACAUUAUAUUAGGCACAACAUAAUUGAGAUUCGACUUGAUGGCAAUCCUCUAAUGCUGGCCCAGUAUCCCAACAGUUUCAUCUGUCUGAGAUCUCUACCCAUUGGAAACUAUAAGUGAUAAGCAGGAUGAAAACGUUAAUGUUCAUGGUCAAACUAAGCGAUGACAUAGUUUUGAUGUUAGACAGCAGCACAAUCCCAAAGAUUUCACAGCUUUUAUACAGAAUUUUGAUAGAACAGAACUUUUAAUAGUUUUGACUGCUUUAAGCAUUUAUGUGCAAAAGACACAUUUAUAUAUGCAAUGACAACUGUUUGCUUGACUUGAAAGUGUAAUCAUUUUGAUAUAUUGUUUUGUUAUGUUUUACUACAAGUAUGUACUGUAGAAACGGCAUAAAACCGAAACAAGAAAAUGUUUAGAAAUCAAGACAGAAGUGUUAUUAAAAUAAUUUCUGAUUAAUAAAUAGACAUUGGUCUGCAA